UAGUAGCGAUGCCAGGAGCCCCUAGUAGCGUUAUAACCGUUAUUGUUCCUAGUAGUAAGGCCGGGAGCCCUUAGUAGCGUCCUCUUGUUACCAUAAAGGGUGCUGCCUUGGUGUUUUCGUGGCUCUGUGUUGUUUGGUGUCUAAUUUGACGCCGUGGAUCGGUUGAGAUGGAUGUGGCCAUGCAUGGCCAGCCUGAUGAAUUGUACAUGACGCUCCAAAACCGUUUUGGGCUCGAGCCAGCAAGAGGCUGUGAGGAAGACUCAUUAGGUUGGAGGCCAUUGCUUCUAGAUUAGACUCUUGCAAAGUUGCAUCCCAUGUCUGGCGCAAAGAUCCAGCACCAGUGCACCACGUUGGCUGGUGAGCUACUAGCACAAGUGCAUGUGACGCUUCAGCCAACGGAGCCACGAGAGGAACUUCCGAUGAGAUGUCUUGCAGACCUCCCAGCGAGUCUUCAGCCCCAAGAGCUUCCGGAAGACGAAGCUCCCGAAGAGGAGAAAGCGUGCGUUGGCCUUUCACCCUUCGAGCAUCUUCCACUCCGCGACUCCUUCGGCUCGCGCACGGAGUAUGACGCGAGUGACCCAGCCAUCUCGGUGAAUGGGCGGAUCCAUGAUCUCUACGUGGAGCACUUCGAGGGUGCCAUGCGAGUCAUGGAGCAGAACCAUCAGGUCUUGCAGAGGCUGGUGCACGAGCAUCGUGGCCAAUGGUCACUCCGUCGAUUCAAAGACUGGCUUGCGUGAAAUUGGUUUUGGUUGCCAUGCAUCGUGGCCGUGUGAAUGCAGUUUGGAAAAGACGGAAGGGCAUCCCUCCGCGCAGCAACACUAUAGUCUUCGAUGAGUUUGCUUGGACUCAUGGAAGCACCCGUCGAGGAAGUGCCGGACAUCACUGUCUUCUCUCAUUUUUAUGGUUUGAUUUACUGUCCACAGCUUCCGGCGGAAAGGAAUGAAAA